AUGAGCCAUCUAGAUCCCAGUUCAUUGGCUACAUACAAUUCUCUAUCGGAUCCUCAUUUACAAAGUUACUUUAGCAACGAACGCAUUCGAUCUCAUUUAAAACAUGCUGGAUUAAUUUCCGGUCGAGGAGAAAUUAUAGCUGAUGGUGAAUAUCGAUCAAGAUUAGCACGACGUGAACACGACAGGCAUGUUCGACAUGUACUUGCUGAAAAUAUUGUCAAUAGAGCUAUUGAUAUGGAACGAGUACGACAAGCUGAAAUGAAACGUCAAUAUGAAAUGAUAGCUAGAGCAGCUUCAGUUAAUAAUAUGAAAGAAUCUAAGAAACGUAUUGGAAGUUCAUCUGGUUUACUGGUAAAUUUAAAUGACGUGGGUUCGUUGUCUCUUGACUUAUCGUGUUCCCAAAUGCGACCAAAAGGCGCUAAUCCUCAGCAUGAAAUGGAUAACGAAGGAGGUCGUAUUCCUCGAUUACAAUCGACUCAAUUCAGCGAUGAUCAACGUAUAACGUACUCUUCCAACAUUCUCGAGCGUCGUCGUCGCCGCCGUCGGCGUUCUUCUCAACAAAUUAAAACAUCAAAUAAGAAACAAUUAUCAUCUACACAACGACCUCAUUCAUCAAAUAAAUAUUCCGAUUCAUUUGCAGCACCGUCAUGUCAAAUUACAAUGGUUUAUUAUGGUCCACAUACGAAAGUGGAUUAUGAUCAUUUAGUUUUUGAACAAAUCGAUGAAGUAAUUGUUAUGCAACAACAUUGUGGAGGAGAAAAUUUAAUUGUUUAUAAAAGUCAUCUUAAGCCUGGAGCUGAAUUUACAUUUGAAUCUCAUCGUCAUUCAGAUUAUCCAUUCGGCUUAUCUUUGUAUGUCAAAGGCUUGAUUGAUAGUCGAAUUUCAACAUGUUGUGAAUAUAAACAUCGUCACGGUGUUAAGCUAGGUGGCGAUCGAGGACAUUUUGCAAUUAAAUCAGUACACGGUUCAAAACCAUGUGUUAGAUGUGUAUAUGAAAAAGAGGCACGUUUAAAAAGAUACGCUCAAUCACCAAAAGAAAUAGAUGAUGAAAAUAAAAUGCCAAUAAUGAUAGCUUUACCUGUCUCCGAUGAAACGAAAACAAAAGAAACCUCUGUAAUAAUACCUAUUUUACAUGAAGCUAAAGCGAGAGAAACUUCCACCAUAAUACCUGUUCAGCAUACAUCUAUUUCAAAUAUCGAUAAUAACUAUUCAGAAGAUUUUGAUGAUUUAGAUGAUUUAGAUAUCCAAAAAAAAACAGCUAGAGAUGGAGAUUCAACUGAUUCAAGUCAUAAGCAAUUGCAUAAGCGUGAACAAACAGCCAAAUCAAGUAGCUCUAAACCAAAGGUAUUUCGCCGAACAUCGUUAAUUGCUCGAGACGAAUCAUCAUCAAUAAAAUCCAAUUCUGAUUUUGAAAGAUCAGCCAGAGAAAAAUCAAGCAAAAAAACUUGGCAAAUUAUUUUUCAUGGAUCGACCAUUCAAGCAAAUAAUAGUCAAAAAGAGAAAAAUUAUGUACCUGAAAAUAGUUUAUUAAAAUUUUCAUUUAUUGGAAAUAAUCAAAAAGAAGAAACUAAAAUGCAUGAAAUCAAUAUGAAACAAUUAUCAGAAAAUUUAGAUCCAACUAAAAGCAAUUCAUUUCCAAUUAUCGUUAAAAAUAUUGAAAAACCAGUACGAAUUCGAUUAAAAAUUCACACUCUAGACAACGACGACAACGAUGACGAGGAUGAUUUCAAUUGGUAUCUCAAUUACAUUGAAAUCAUCGAUCCAGAAACUGAAUCUCAUUUAAGAUUUCCUUGUAAACAAUGGAUUAAACAAUCAGAAGAAAAAAUUCUUCAACUUUCUCAAGAUGUUUCUCGUGUUGAACGGCACCGAACAACCUCUAACAAUAGUUCAAGAUCAUCUUCGAACGAAAAAGAUCAUCAACAAUCUAUAAAAAGUGAAACCAAAGGCAAACCAAUUUAUCGUUCAAGAACGUCAUCUAAUACUUCAAAGCAAUCAAAAACAAAUUUUGAUUCAGCGCGUCGAAAUUCGAUAGAUAAUCAGUCAAAUCAAAGUGAAAAAACAACUUCUCGUAAUGAUCUUACUGAUCAAGAAAUUAAAAACCGUUAUCGUGUUACAAUUUAUCCAUCACAUGGAAAUGACGGCAGAUUUAAUCCAAAUCCAAAUAGUCGAAUAUUUUUAUGUCUUAAUAGUCAAACAAGAGAAAUGAACAUAAAAAACGAAAUUGAUCAAUUAUGCCCAGAAUUUGAUUCGGGUGUAAAAAAAGUAUUUGAAGUUGAUUUAAUACAAAAUAUUAAUGAAAAACCUGAAAGAUUAACAAUUGGAUAUGCGAAUUCUGAUCCUACGGCAAAAACAUGGAAUAUUGAAAAAAUUGUUUUGUUGAAUAUUAAAACUGGUGAUGAAACAACAUUUCCAUGCGAUGAAAUCCUUGUUCGAAAUGAAUCGACUUUACAUGCGCAAAAGACAUUUUCAGCUCAAUUGCAAUAUUCUAGCGAGGACGAUACACCAAGAAAUAAAAAAAUCAAUCAUUUGACAUCUGACCAUGAAUCACAAAUCAAAGUAUUGGAAAAACAGCAGAAGAAUAAUGAUGAUGAUGAUGAUAACAAUAAUAAAAUUAAGAAUGAAAAUAAGCAAAGAUCUCCUUCAAUUAAAAAUAUGCAUGACGAAAAUGAUGGUAAAAAGAAGAGUAAAGAAAGGUCUCCUUCAUUUCAAAGUAUGAAUGAUAGUGAUGCUGAUUACAGAACGAUUUUUACAAAAUUAGAUCCAGAUAAUGAACUAAGAUUAGGUUCAACUACAAGCAGUCCUUCACCUCGCUUUAGUCGACAAAAUGAUAUUCAACAAGAAAAUACAAAACACAUUGUUGAUCCGCUUGUGGGUCUUGACAGUCUUACAGAUCCAACUCCUCGUUCAACUGAUCAACUUAAUCAGAAUUCUUCAUCACAUAGAACUAUUGAUAAUGCACAAAAUCGAUUGAAAAGUUCGCAUCGAACUACUAACGACAAUGAUGAUGACGAUUAA